AUGGGACCUCCAAACCGCCCUACUAAAGAAGUUCGCAAGCAAGGGGGACAUGCCGAACACCUACCUUUCCAACUAAGUCCAAGGCGAGGACCUUUAAUUGACGAUGCGUUCCGUCGUCAGCAAGCGGUGGCCGACAAGGCCCUUUUCCCUAAAUAUCUUGGGAAGCGAAGAGGACAG